GACGAGGAGCAAGCGGGCGCUGGAGGUCGCCCAAAGAACGGACGAGGAGAGGAUCCGGUCCAGAGCAGCCGCAGGUCCCUCUGGGCAAGGUAAUCCUUACAUGUUCAGGGGCUUAGAUAGGGCCACCGCCGAUCCUCGGUUAGCUAGGUUCAAUCCCAAUCAGCCCGUCCAACGCCAUCGAAACAACCCCGACCUCGACGUAACCCUACUCUAGUGUGUCGACCGGCUCGUGCUGGAUUACAAGAGUAGUUGCCCUAGGGGUAGUGUAAUCGUAGACAACACUUUAGCCUUUAGGUCGACCUUAUUUGAGGAGUAUGGGACCAAUCUUCGGUCAUGGCCCUCGCUCUGGGAGGGUAUCGUAGCUCUGGGUCUUAGGCAGUACGUAGAAGAGUCUAGUCCUGAGCCAGUUUCGGGCCCAGAACCCGUGCUAGCCCGCGAAGUCAUUGUCUUAGAUUCCCCCGCAGAAGCUCUGGGGCCGAUGGUCGUGACCAUAGAUUCCUCUUCUAGCUCGGGGGGUAGGAUCCCUUUCAAUAUAUAUACUUGAGUUCCGCUUUUUCCCCCUUAUUUUUGUUCUUGCAUGAAUGCUUACUUGUAUAUUAAUGUUGUCUUUGUUUUGCCAGAGGAAAUGUCUCAGCCCGGGAAUAGAGACCAGCGAGCUAUGUUCGCCGGAGGGAACUCCUCUGCUGGGGCCUCUGGGCCCAAAAUGAAGAAGCUCCGGGUGGCGAAGAAAGCCGCUGGGACCCCAACCAAGUCCCCUGCAAAGGGGAAAGACCAGACCUCAGCUGCCCAGGCCAAGGUACCUCCACCUCCUGCCGCAGUGGAGAAGAUGCCCCCGCCCCCUCCACGAGCUCCGGCCUUUGUUCGGGAUACGGGGGCGGAGCUCGGGAUUUUGGCAACCGCAGCCCCCGAGGUGCGCAUUCCAGUGGACCCCCAGGCCCUGGAGAAAAUUCCCGACGUCUUUCGGGGGACGGUGUACGAGACGGCGACCUACACCGUCGACCACUACUACAACGCCACCGAAAGGGACCUGCGGGCGAUCGAAACAAGGAGCCCGGAGAGCGUGAUGGAGUCUUCACUGGGAAUGGCUCUAACGGGUGCCUUGGCUCUUCACCGGAGCAUAUUCAGGUCCAAGGCUCGCCUCGAGGACAUGAGGGGCAAGCAUCGGGUUGUUUUGGCCGCCCUGAAGAUUGCCCAAAAGCAGGAACAGGAAGCCAAGGAUGCCUUGGCGGCCGCGCGGGCUGAGCUGGACGCGUCUCGCCCCAAGCUGGAAGAGGUCGAGGCUAACAAGGCCGCCCUAGCCGCUGUAACGGCCGAACUCAAGGAGGCCAGGACUGCCCGGGCCGCGCUGGACACCGCAAAAACCGAGGCCGAGGAGGCUAAGGCCGCCCUUGAAAAAGAGAAGGCGGCCUCCAGCUCCGCCAUGGAGGACAUGUUAUACCACUGCUGGGUCUUCAACCCUGAUGGCGAUUUUUCCUUCCUAGGAGCGGAAGUCUGGGAGCCCUUUCUGGAGGGGUUCAAAGCUCGUCUUCAGCAAGAGGCGCCCUCUGAGACCGGGGAGACCUCCACAGCGGCUGAGCAGGAGGGCGAGACGACGACCUCAACAGAGCAGCCCGGUGGAGCCUAGGGCCUUUCUUUUUCGCCCCCACACUAUUAUUAUCAUCUUUUUUUUUUAACUUUUGUAUGAGGUUUUUCCACCUCGAGACAAUUGGUUUUAUCAACUUUUGCCUCUACGCAUUUUGGUCAAUGCUUUGAAAAACUUAGUUCGUGUUAAUUCUUGACUAAUAUU